ACCUGGCCCCGACAGUCCGGAUCCAUCCAUUACUUUCUUGAAACUAUCAAAUUAUCUGGGCGCAACACGAACAACUUUCACUUGCUCUGCCGUCUUCCAAAUCGCUUUCUGGCUGCUGCCUUCCUUAUCAAUUCGCUUCCACUCUGCCACCAAUUUUCGAUUUGAGGACGAACAUCCCGACACUUAUCGAACAUGUCUACCAACGACAUCAACAUGCUCUCAAAUGGCGAUACCAUGGACCAAUUGAACGGUGCUCUCGACACACACGACGCAGCCGCCGAGACAGUUGCUGCCAUUGCGCAGGCGCAAGCUAUGAGCGCUGAUGAGAUCGCGCUCUAUGACCGCCAAAUUCGCCUCUGGGGUGUGCAGGCUCAGGAGAGAAUGCGCUCUGCCAACAUCCUACUCAUCUCAGUCAAAGCAUUGGGAACCGAGAUCGCCAAGAACCUUAUUCUCAAUGGCAUUGGCUCCCUGACUAUCGUGGACAGCGAGCAAGUCACUGAGGACGAUCUGGGUGCUCAGUACUUUGUCCGUGAAGAGGACGUUGGUCGCAAUCGAGCAGAAGCCGCUUCUGAGCGUCUCCAGGAGUUGAACCCCAGAGUCGCUGUCAGAACCGACAGCAGCAACAUCUUGACCAAGGAUCAGACUUACUACGCACCCUUCCAACUUGUCAUCGCAUGCGAUCAGAAUCUGGAAACUAUGGCCACCAUCAACGCUGCUUGCCGACUUGCCAACCGUCCUUUCUACGCUUCCGGAAUUCACGGCUUCUAUGGCUUCAUUUUCGCUGAUCUGAUCGUGCACGACUACAUCAUUGAGCGCGAAACUUCCAACAUGCCUGCUACCAUCAAGCAAGAAACUGCAACCCGCAGUAUCGUUGGUGUCACGACCAAGAAGCAGAACGGCAAGAACAUCGAGACCGUCACCAAGCGUGAGAUCUACUCUCCACUACUCUUAGCCAACACUUCUCCCUUGCCGGACGACAUCAUCCGUAACCGUCGCAAGAUGCGCUCCGUUACACCGCUCCUACCGUGCAUGCGCGCUCUCUGGGACUUUGAGCGUGACGUACACCGUCUGCCUGCUCAGAACUCCAAGGAAGAUCUGACCGUCUUCACCGGCAUGGCAACUAACAAGCUUAAGGAGCUCCAGAUGCCGAUUGAGUCGCUGACAGCCGAGUUCCUUCGCAGCUUCCUGCAUAACAUCGGCAGCGAGAUCGUACCUACGGCUGCUUUCGUCGGUGGCAGACUUGCAGAAGACGUGAUCAACGUGCUCGGCAAGCGCGAGCAACCUAUCCAGAACUUUGUCAUGUUCGAUGGCGAGAACUUUGACGGCCCCAUCUACCCUUUGCAGACGUUCUUGCAGCCCAACGGACUUGGUAGCGUUCCUCAGGUGCAGCUCACUGGCCUUGAGGAGGUACAGAUGCAGAACGGACAUGCCAAUGGACUACCCAUAAACAAUGCCAUUUCCUCUGCACCCGCCGAUGGCCAAAAUUCUAUCCAGGGCGGUGAUGUUGAGACCAUCGCCAUCGAGUAAAGCUCUCCAGCGUCACACGCCACGUACAGCAAGUAGCUGUCAAAAGGCACAUUGCUCUUCAAAGUACGACCAUGUCCACUGGAAGCACAUCGAUCCGCCGCUCUCACUGGACCUUUUCACCGACCUCAAUCACACUCUGCAUUUUUGCAGCAGCCAAAAGCAACCUCGCGAUCACCAGGAGCCAUUCGGGCCUAGAAGGGCCCGAAACAGCAUAUCAGGACAUUGUCCCAGAUGCAGGAAGGACGGGGACACUGCAUAACAGAUGGGGA